ACCUGUCUCGCGCCGCCUUCGCUCCCUCGGUCCGUUCUCAGUUGCUUUCUUAUUCUCUUCCAAUCGAUCUCUUAGAGCCACCGUCGCCGCCUGCGGCUCCCCCGGCCGACAAGAAAUCAGUCGUGGCCGCCGUCCAUUGCAGCUGGUCCUCUUCUCUCCUACUCUCUUGAAUCCACCUUCAGUAAGAUUCGUUGUAAUUUCUCUCCUGACAGUUUCAUCCCCUCUUUGUUUUCAUUGCUCUGUAUAAUUCGCGUCUGGAAGCUUUUUGAUUGCCAGUAAUACCUAAGAUAUAGAGAUUCAUACAUUCAUUUAACCCACGCUGUUGUUCCUAAAGCCACUCUCUCCCUGAAAAUUGACAAAUCUUAUGCGUGUUGCGAAUUCUUCAAACGAAGUGAAGCUCUACGCUGUUGACGUUCGUGGGUGAAUUGUGAAAUCUAAGGAAUUCAAAUUCUACGCAUAAACUACCGUGUAAAUCUUUCGGAGCUCACUGUGAUGGCGGCAGACACUAAAUCUUUUGAAUUGGAAGAAACCCAUUACGCGGAACCGGAAGCGAACUCACAGUCUCCAGCGAAGAAGAAUAGGAAGAGCGAGAAGAAAAAGAAGCGAGUUUCAUCAGUGAAUGCCACAAUCCAAGUCCUCAGCAACCAUCCAGAGAAAACUCCACCGCUAGUUGGUUACUUCCCGUCUGGGUUCAAUCCUCACAAGGAUGCCGAUGAGGAAGCGGUCCAGGAACAGAAAUCCAUUAGGGCUAGGGUUUAUAGGAACAAGAACAAACCAAAUAGGAUGCAGCUGGUUGUAAGUCCAACGGGGUCGAAUGUGGAUUUUGUUGGUACCAACUAUUUGGGAGAGGCUACCGCUGGGAAACAGCAUUGCACCUAUGCUCUCGGUGUUCUUGAUAAGGCGACCCAAAGCUUAAAGAUCGUGCCUAUCGCGGCAAACAUGAUAUUUAGAUUGGAUCCAAAAGUCAGAGGUUCAGAUGUUUCUGAAAAGGAAUCUCCAACUGUGGUGGAUGACGAGCUUUCUGUGCAGGAGAAAGCUGAUAGAAUGAGAGAGCUCACCAAUCUAUAUGGAACAAAGAGGUCAAUAAAGCAGGCAAAGAAGCUGCAUUCUUUGAAGCAAGUAGACGAUUCUGACACCCAGAAGGAUCUAGAUGAGAAAAUGAAAAAUGUAGUGGUGAACAAAGAGGCCUUGGAAGGUACAAAUGCGGAAAUUGCUCGCAAUAUACCAACAUAUAAUGCUUCUGCGACUACUCCGCAAGAAGCUUACCCACUCGACAAGAUUAUCCUCAUGGGAGAAUGGAGUUACCUGGAAGAUGUUUAUUCUCUUUUGCGAGCAGAAGCUGAAAUAAGUGCAAAUUAUCCAUCCUUCGUCCGCAACAGAAUUUAUAAAUUGCAAGAUAUUCAGGACGAGGAAGAGAAGAAGAAGCUCUGCUGCAUAUUUUCAUACAUCACCCAUCUAAUAAAGUUCAAGGAUCAGAAUUCUAUGGAUGGUGUUUCUUCUGCGAAGGGCCACAAAAUUCCAAGCAUGCUACGCCAAAAGUUCUCAUCCAUGUUCUCGCUUUUGGAGUCAAGAAGGCUGUCGCCAGAGAAAUCCGACCUUCUCAUUAGCCACGUUCUGGUGCUUACUCUAUUUGCUGAUGAAUUCAGUAGUGAUCCAUCAGACAUAGCAAAGGAUCUGAGAACUAGCCCUUUCACUCUAAGACUCCAUUUUGAUAAUUUGGGUUGCAAGUUUAUACGCAAGAACAACCUGUCGUUGGUUACGCUACCCGUCCCGCUUAAAUUUCCACAGCUGAGUCUAAAGAGACGACGAUAAGUGAUAUGGUUAGAAUGUAGUAGUUACCCUGUUAUUGUAAUUGGAAGAAAGAAGCUGAAUUCUAUUAGUUUUGUGGAGGAAAUCAAAUUUACAUGUCAUUUAUUUCGUAGUCUAAACAGGAUCAUAUUUCUAUGAAAGGCGUUUUCUUGUUUGGUGGCUGAAGCUUAUUUGGAAACGAAUCUAAUGAUUGAGUUUUAAACUUGGUAA